AUGAACUUCUCGGAGCGGGAGGUGGAAAUCAUCGUGGAGGAGCUGGAGCGCGGCAAGCACCUCCUCAUCAACCACUUCAACGCGGGCGUGCCUCUGGCGGCCAAGGCCGCCGCCUGGCACGACAUCCUGCGCCGCGUCAACGCCGUCGCCACCUGCCACCGUGAGCUGCCCGAGGUCAAGAAGAAAUGGUCUGACCUCAAGACCGAGGUGCGACGGAAAGUGGCCCAGGUCCGGGCCGCCAUGGAGGGGGGAGGCGAGAGCCAGAACAGCAACGGCAACGGGCCGGAGGGCGAAGACCCGACGGGUGCCGCGGCCGCCCCCGUUAUCCUCACCCCCAUGCAGCAACGCAUCUGCAACCUGCUGGGAGAAGCCACCAUCAUCAGUUUGCCGAGUGGGGACUGCAGUGCCGGUGACGGUACCGAGAUCCCCAUCACCGCCUCGGCCACCACGGUCACCCUGACCCAGAUUCCUGCAGAGACAGCCUACCACAGCCUGGAGGACGGAGUGGUGGAGUACUGCACGACGGAAGCCCCCGCGGCCGUCAGCGCCGAAGCACCCUUGGAGAUGAUGGCCCAUCAGCACGAGGUGUCUGCCAAGCCCCAGGAGCUGAAAAGCCGCAUCGCCCUCAACUCGGCCAAGCUCCUGCAGGAGCAGCGAGUCACCAACUUGCACGUGAAGGAGAUCGCCCAGCACCUGGAGCAGCAGAACGACCUGCUGCAGAUGAUCCGCCGCUCGCAGGAGGUGCAGGCGUGCGCCCAGGAGCGCCAGGCCCAGGCCAUGGAGGGCACGCAGGCGGCGCUCAGUGCCCUCAUCCAGGUCCUCCGCCCCAUGAUUAAGGAUUUCCGUCGAUUUUUGCAGAGCAAUACGCCCAGCCCGUCGGUCACCACUGACCCCAGCCAGACAGGGCAGCAAGACAGCAUGAUCCAGUGAAAGAAACGGCGAGGGGAUGGCUUUUCUGGAAAAAAACCUGCCUGUGCUGCCCGUGGAUGCAGGGAGCAAGGGGUGCUAGCGGGUGUCAGUGUGCAAGGGCUCCCCUUGGAGUCUGGCUGAGCCUAAGCAGCUUGCUUUCUCUGCUAAUCUGAAUCUAAUCUGCUUUUUCAGACCCGUCAUGCA